AUGACAACGGCGAGCGAGGGAGAGGGUGGUUCGCGUGUGGUGACACCCGUGUCCACCAGGAAAAACCCUGGGUUUUUCUUUAAACCAUGUAGUGGCAGCGACGAGAGCGGCAACGAGUCCGCCGCCUCUCGAAACACGGACAAGGACGCCGAUGGGGCGAAAGAUAGGUUCCGUCUCAAAAGACGUGGCAGUACGCUGGAAGACAGCCCGGAGAAGGAAAGAGGAGCGGUCCCCAAAUCCUCCUCCAAACGUGGUAGAGGGAGGCCUCCCACGACUGGAAUGUACGUUGGAUUGGCAAAGGCCAAAAAAGACUAUAAUGACGAGGAAAUGCGAGCUAUACAGCUCGAGACUGAGAAGGAGAUCCUAGAGUCUGGCAGGAGAAUACCGCUGUUCCGGUCUGGCCGGCUGUCGGUUAACUCCUCUAACUCGGACGUGACUGUUGUGGAAGAUCAGGAAGUUACGGCGGCUUCUGUGGGCGUCGUAAUUACUGAAAGUCUGGGGGCCAUUUCCAGCGUGGCCCGGAAGUCCAAAAACCUGAAGGGGACUUCUGUCGCUGCUCUCAAUAAAGCGACCCAGGCCCUAAGCGAGGCUUUUUCGGCCAUUAUGAAUCGGUCGGUGUCGGACGAGACGAGAGCCCUUGAGGCGGCGAACGCACGCCUCUCAAGGGAACUCAACGAACUCAAGAUAGAACUGGAGGCCGUCAAGCGCGGGCUCGCUGACGCCCAACCUCAGCCCGCUCCCGUCACUAAGGGAAAGGAGCUGGAUGUGGAAGAGCUCCUACAGCGAGCGGUGCGCGAGGCGGUCGCAGUGACCAGUGCCCGGAUUGACGCGCGGAUAGAGGGUCUCGAGGCCCGACUCCUGCCGGAGCCACGCCUGAGGCCUCCUCUAGCCGCAGACCGGAAGCGUGAUGAAGCCCGAGAUGCAACACCAACAGCGUCAAAGGCGAAGGAGAGGACUCCAGAGCCGGAGCCCGCGGUGUCGACUCUGUCGCCUCCGCUCAAUCCCGGACCGGCUCUGAAACAAAAGAGGAAGAAAGUUAAAAAGUCGGCCGCAGCUGUAGAAGCGGCAGCCGCGAGGCGCGACGCUGCCCCAACUACGGCGGCGCUGGGACCAAAUCCGACCACACAAUGGUCGGAAGUGGUCAGAAGAGGAGGAAAGGCACAGAAAAAGGAAGGGAAUAAGGAGACGAAGAAAGGAAAGAAGAAGAAAAAGAAGAGAGGAAAUCUCCGCACUCCAAAGUCCGCUGCGGUGGGGAACCUCAACCACAGCGCUCAAGCGCAGGAUCUGUGGUCUCAAGAGGUACUGAAGAGGUCGAUCGAUGUCGGUGUGAUCGCCGAGCCGUACCGGAUCCUCCCUAGGGGUGACUGGUUGGGCGACGCGGACUCGACGGUGGCUUUGGUCUUCGGUCCCAAAAUCGUGCCUCCAUCUUCAAGGAGCACGACUCGGGGCCAUGGCUAUGUCGUCGCGGACUUGGGGGCCCUCACCGUUGUGGGGGUCUACUUCUCCCCGAACAGACCCAUCGCCGAGUUCGGGGCGUUCCUCCUCCGGCUCACCACCUUUGUGAGCGGAGCAGCCAAUCCCGUGGUCGUCGCCGGAGACUUCAACGCGAAGUCCACGCGUUGGGGCUCCCCGGCCACGGACGCGAGAGGCAGAGCCAUGGCGGACUGGCUGGCAACUACGGGCCUGGUCGUGGCCAACAGAGGCGCCGUUAGCACGUGCGUCCGGUGGCAGGGGGAAUCGAUUGUGGACCUGACAUUAGUCAGCCCAUCAAUCGCUCGCCGAAUGAGUGGCUGGAGAGUCCUCGAGGAGGUCGAGACCCUCUCGGACCACCUCUACAUAGGCUUUGACAUUGCCUCCACGUCGGAAGCUGGCCGCCGAAUUCCACCUGGCGGCGGCCCAAGGUGGUCCCUGAGAGGUCUGGAUCGAGACCUUCUCGAGGAGGCGGCGAUCGUUGCGUCGAUGUCCCCCCUCCCAUCGGAAAACGUCGAGGAAUGCGCGGAGUGGCUGAACGAGGCGGCUCGCAACAUUUGCGACGCCUCGAUGCCCCGUGCUGGACCGGUUGUGCCUCGGCGGCAGACCUACUGGUGGCGACCGGAGCUCAAACAACUCCGGCUAGAGUGUGUGGCUGCCCGCCGGCGAUUCCAGCGAUAUCGCCGGCGGCGAAACAGGGUGGAGGCCGAAGAAGAGGCCAUCCAUGAUGGCUACCGUUCAGCGCGUCAUGCUCUGCGUGAGGCGAUAAAGGUAGCGAAGAAGGAGGCAUGGGAGGAGUUCCUGAACACCCUGGAACAGGACCCGUGGGGCAAGCCGUACAAAUGGGGCCGAGUGGUCCCCACCAUCUAUGCGACCACCUAG